AUGUCCAGCACUGCAGACCACUCUACGACCACCUCCAUCCCCGUGUCCGAAUACCGCGAACGGCGACGGCGCCAGAUGCUCAAGUUCUUCGGUGCCACUGCCAUGACGUUGCUCUCAAUGCGGUGGACCAUGCGGUUGCUGUCGCGGGCGGGCUCACAGAGUGGGGCAGCGACGGCUUUGCAACGGUUCCAGUCGAACUAUUACUACAGGGGUGCCACUACAGCGCGGUCGCCAACACAGGCGCGGGAAUCCCUUGGACCGCCACUCGCUGCGACUCUUGGGUCGACUCUCGGUGUUCUAACGAUGGGUAUUACGGGCUACGCGUGGUGCCACGACAUGGAGUCCCCUCGGAGACUGCACAGUGUCCACGACUAG